CGCGGGCGCCUGCUCCAUCCUUUCUUUAACUGUCUAUGGCUCCAUCCGGUUCCUCAGUGUCAUAUGACUAGGUCUCUGCUGUCAUUAAUCGGCAACAGCUAGAACAGCACAUCGACAAACGUUAGCUUUCCCAGGUUUACUGUUCUUUUUCCAACGAUGGCAACAUUGGUGGCCAACAGGGCGAUGGACGUCAACGGCUUGGCAGCAGCCGCGAGGACACACACACAGGCCGUGACCCGAAAUUACAUCUCUCAACCGAGGCUGACCUACUCUACUGUGUCGGGUGUAAACGGCCCCCUGGUGAUCCUGGAUAAUGUCAAGUUCCCCAGAUACGCUGAGAUCGUCCACCUGACCCUGCCGGACGGCACCAAGAGGAGCGGCCAGGUCCUGGAGGUGAUUGGAAGCAAGGCAGUUGUCCAGGUAUUUGAGGGAACAUCGGGCAUCGAUGCCAAGAAGACGGCCUGUGAGUUCACUGGUGAUAUCCUGCGGACCCCAGUGUCAGAGGACAUGCUCGGGCGUGUGUUCAACGGCUCUGGGAAACCCAUCGACCGCGGGCCCACGGUUCUGGCUGAGGACUACCUGGACAUCAUGGGUCAGCCUAUCAACCCUCAGUGCCGUAUCUACCCCGAGGAGAUGAUCCAGACCGGCAUCUCAGCCAUUGAUGGCAUGAACAGCAUCGCCAGAGGACAGAAGAUCCCCAUUUUCUCUGCUGCUGGGCUGCCACACAACGAGAUUGCAGCCCAGAUCUGUCGCCAGGCCGGCUUGGUGCAGAAGUCCAAGGAUGUGAUGGACUACAGUUCUGAGAACUUUGCCAUUGUCUUUGCAGCCAUGGGGGUCAACAUGGAAACCGCCCGCUUCUUCAAGUCUGAUUUUGAGGAGAAUGGCUCCAUGGACAACGUCUGUCUUUUCCUCAACCUGGCCAACGACCCCACCAUCGAGCGUAUCAUCACCCCUCGCCUGGCGCUGACUUCAGCCGAGUACCUGGCCUACCAGUGUGAGAAGCACGUCCUGGUCAUCUUGACUGACAUGAGCUCCUACGCUGAGGCUCUGAGAGAGGUGUCUGCGGCCCGAGAGGAAGUGCCCGGCCGUCGAGGCUUCCCUGGCUACAUGUACACCGAUCUGGCCACCAUCUACGAGCGUGCCGGCCGAGUGGAGGGCAGAAACGGCUCCAUCACCCAGAUCCCCAUUCUCACCAUGCCCAACGACGACAUCACCCAUCCAAUUCCUGAUCUGACUGGAUACAUCACAGAGGGUCAGGUCUACGUUGACAGACAGCUGCACAACAGACAGAUCUACCCACCCAUCAAUGUGUUGCCUUCACUGUCCCGUCUGAUGAAGUCAGCCAUCGGUGAGGGGAUGACCAGGAAGGACCAUGCGGACGUUUCAAACCAGCUGUAUGCCUGUUAUGCUAUUGGUAAGGACGUCCAGGCCAUGAAGGCUGUGGUGGGAGAAGAGGCCCUCACCUCGGAUGAUCUGCUCUACCUGGAGUUCCUCCAGAAGUUUGAGAAGAACUUCAUUGCUCAGGGCCCCUACGACAACAGGACAGUGUAUGAGACCCUGGACAUCGGCUGGCAGCUGCUGCGAAUCUUCCCCAAGGAGAUGCUGAAGAGGAUUCCUCAGAGCACCCUUGCUGAGUUCUACCCCAGGGAGUCUGCUGCCCGGCACUGAGGCCCACUAAGGGAGCUCCUGCUUCUAGUCCCAUUCAUUCCUUUCUGUGAUCCCACCCUACAGCCCUGCACCCAUCCUGAACCUUGUCUUUCUCCACUGGUCUUAUUACCUCCAGUUCAUCUUCUUCUCAUGAAUCAAGCCACCCCCCCUCCCCUACCUGGAAUAAUCUCCCCCUUCUGUAGAUGUACUGUAGCGUAUUUAUGUGCUCACAAGUUGUGUAUGGGAAGUGUCUGUGGUUGUCAUGUCUACCCCCUUGAUUGCAAAAAAGUGAACAUAGCCUUCAAAUUCUAGAUGAGUCCUUAUUUAUUGGGGUGUGUUGCGGCUGGAUCCACCAUCUUCUUU